AAUCAAAUUACUGCUUCGAACUAGUUAUCAAUUUUUUAUAUAUAUAUUUUUUUUUUGGAACUUUAAAUUAAAAACACGAAUACCUUUCUGCACAACAUCAUGAAGGGUGGUGGUAAUAAACGAUAUGACCGCAAAUCCAGAGAUGAAGAUUUCGAUAAAAAUCGUUCUGCACGUUCUGCAUCCCGUAGCAGCAUGAAAACGGAUAGAAAUGAAAGAAAGGGCCUGAGUCCAUCUGACUAUGAUAAUGCCAUGGCCAUAUUGUCGAGUGAUUUUGGGCUUAUGCUUGAACUAUCACCUCAACUGGAGGAAGUAUUUGCCACGGACUCGCCUGAAUAUAAACAGUCGUGGCUGUGGCUCAAUAAACUUUCCACCAUGGAGUGCAACACAUUGUACGACCGACGCAUGCGAAACGUCUAUAUGAGUCAUCUAAGCGUUUGCCUCAAUCAAAGGCGACUCUAUGGCAUCUUUUUGGAAUUUCCACCAGAAGAUGAAUUGAUUUGGGUGGAUUUUACCGAUCAUACAAUGAAUCAACCGCCGUCGACAUCGGCGGCAUCAUGUUGUCCGGAGGCAGGAAUGGUCAAUAGAGAGAUGCCAACAUUUUCUGGUCAUGACUGCAAUAUGUCGCGCUAUUUGGGCGGCGCUUUAAAAGAUCGUCAGCUCGAUGAUCCAAGUGAUCAGGAGCUUCAAUGUUUAGAUGGUCUUUCGAAGCUAAAUUCAUGCCGCGCUUACUCAAACGGCUCGACGCCCAAUCCUUCGGUGCAACGUUCGAAAUCCUCACCACCCAAACUAGCGCCAUCGUUUCAUAGUUCUAGGAAACGCGUGGCAGAUGCUUUCAUGGGUAGCAUGGAUCGUCCGAGAGAUGCCGAAGAAGUACGCAAAGAUAUGACCUACCUGUUGGAACGCAUCAAGGCCGAGUUAUGCGGUGAAGAGACACGUGAAGAAGAUGAAUAUCUCGAACAUGAACUGCAACGUUAUAAAGAAUUCUAUAUUCGACACAAGCAUGAUGAUCCUGAUUUCGAAUUGAAUAUGGGUGGUGAUUCAUUGAAACAGCGUUUGCAUUUGUUACUUAAUAUGCAAAACGAUUUAAUUCAGAUAUUGUCCGAGUGAUAAACGAAAAUUUAAGAAAAUUUAAAUUAUCGUUUA